AGUGUGAAGAGAGGACUUCUCCUCGCGCAACUUUGAAUUCUAUUGGAAGACAAUUUUUUUUUUUUUACUCGGGACUAAUGCUACAGCCUUAUAUCCGCAGCCUAUUUGAGUUCAAAUAAAAAAUACAGUCAGGCAAUUACUGGCGAACCAAAAUGAGCUCGGUGAUCCGCAGGGCGACGCCGGUCCGACGGGCUCUGGCUCUCACGCUCCGUCUCCGGGCGAACACCGAGGGCUCGGCCGAGAACGGACGCUUCCGUCCCGGCGCAGCUGCUGACGUCGGCCCGCUGCGAGCCACCGGCAGGUCGUACUGCUCCCGGAGGUCGCUGACCGAAGGACUGCUUUUCAGACAACUGUUUGAGUUGGAGAGCAGCACCUACACCUACCUGCUGGCCGACACCGAGACCAGGGAGGCGAUCCUCAUCGAUCCUGUGCUGGAGACCAUCGACAGGGACCUGAAGCUCGUCCAUGAACUGGGCCUCAAUCUAAAAGUGGCAGUAAACACCCACUGCCAUGCCGACCACAUCACGAGCACUGGGCUGAUGAAGAGGAGAUUGGUCGGUCUGCGGAGCGCAAUCUGCAAAUUCAGCGGUGCCUCUGCAGACAUCCUGCUGUCAGAGGGAGACAAGAUCAGCUUUGGAAAACAUUAUCUGACGGUGAGAGAGACGCCGGGACACACUGACGGGUGCGUGACGCUGGUGUCCGGUGAUCAGAGCGUGGCGUUUACCGGAGACGCUCUGCUCAUCCGAGGCUGCGGCAGGACAGACUUCCAGCAGGGCUGCCCUGAGAAGCUCUAUAAGUCCGUCCAUCAGAAGAUCUUCACUCUGCCUGACCAGUGCCUCGUCUACCCUGCACAUGACUACCUAGGUCAGACCGUGUCGACGGUCGGCGAGGAGCGCCAGUUCAACCCGCGCUUGACCAAGAGCCUGGACGAGUUUGUGAAAAUCAUGAAUAACCUGAAUCUCCCCAAGCCGGAAAAAAUAGAAGCUUCAGUGCCUGCUAAUUUGAUUUGUGGAGUACACGAAGUCUGACUGUCCUGCUGACGGAAUGAUUUUAUUUUUAUUCUUCAAGAUAAUCCCCCCCCUCCUUUUUCAUUGAUUUUUGUUUACUUUUUUAGUAAAAUAGGUGAGAACAAGAGCUGGUUACGACAUUGUACUUCUAUGACAGAAAGAGAGGAUUUUAAUCUAAUCAACUCCACACAGAAUGAGAAUAAUUUACACUCGCUAAGUAUAUGCACAUCGCAAAGUGUUUAACACAUCAGCAGAAUCAACCUAAAACUGCUUCUUUAUGUAUUUAUGUAAAUGUAAAUAUGUAAAUUUUUCAUAGCUGGCUUUAUCGAGAUAAUACUUCACAUUGAAAUACAAUCAGCUCUAUUAAAACUAUUAAAAAAUGAGAUCUAAAUAUCUGUACAUGAGAGAAAAAAACACUAUUAAAUACAUAUAUUUGUUUAUAUUUUGAUUAAAUUGAAAUGUGUCUUUGUGACUCUA